CUCACUGAAUUACCAAACUACCCCUCCUCUCUCUCUCUCUCUCUCUCCUUUUAAUGUUUGUCGCUUGCUUCUGUGGCAGAGUAGAGCAGAGCACCACCAUCUCUCUCCUCUUUCCAAUGGCUUCCUCUCCCACCCUCCUUCUUCUCCUCUUUCUUCUCUCUCUCACCUCCAUUUGUUCUUCUUUUUCUUCUGGUGCCGGCGACGACAGGACGAAGACUACUUACAUUGUACAAGUCCAGCCUGAUGCCAAGCCUUCCGUUUUCCCAACACACCAGAACUGGUACGAGUCCUCCCUCUCCGCGCUGACGAACGCGACGCUGCACCCACCAGUGGAGAGCAGCGGUGGUAGCAGAAUCAUCCACACCUACUCUACCAUCUUCCACGGCUUCUCCGCCCGGCUGUCACCCUCUGAAGCCCAAAGCCUGCGGUCCCUCUCACACGUUCUCUCCCUCAUUCCCGAGCAAGUUCGCCAUCUGCAAACCACGCGCUCCCCUCAUUUUCUGGGCCUUAAGACUUCCGACAGCACUGGUCUUCUGAAAGAGUCGGACUUUGGCUCCGACCUUGUCAUCGGAGUCAUCGACACCGGUAUCUGGCCCGAGCACAAGAGCUUCGGAGACCGGGACCUUGGGCCCGUCCCGUCAAAGUGGAAAGGUCGAUGUGUGGCGGCCAAGGACUUCCCUGCCUCCUCAUGCAACCGCAAGCUCAUCGGUGCCAGCUUCUUCUGCGGUGGCUACGAGUCCACCAACGGCAAAAUGAACGAGACCACCGAGUCCCGCUCUCCGAGAGACUCCGAUGGCCAUGGCACCCACACUGCCUCCAUCGCCGCCGGCCGCUACGUCUUCCCGGCGUCCACCCUCGGCUACGCGCGCGGUGUCGCGGCAGGGAUGGCUCCCAAAGCCCGCCUCGCCGCCUACAAGGUCUGCUGGAACUCCGGCUGCUACGACUCCGAUAUACUCGCUGCCUUCGACGCCGCCGUGGCCGACGGCGUCGAUGUCAUCUCCCUGAGCGUCGGUGGCGUUGUCGUUCCGUACUACCUCGACGCCAUUGCCAUUGGUGCUUUCGGAGCCUCCGAUGCGGGCGUCUUUGUCUCCGCCUCCGCCGGUAAUGGCGGCCCCGGGGGACUCUCCGUCACGAAUGUUGCUCCCUGGGUCACAACUGUCGGUGCCGGCACCAUUGACAGGGAUUUCCCAGCCGAUGUCAAGCUCGGAAAUGGGAAAAUCAUACCGGGUAUGAGUGUUUACGGCGGUCCGGGUUUAACUCCGGGUCGGAUGUACCCGUUGGUAUACGCCGGGACCACACAAGGUGGUGGAAGCGGGGAUGGGUACUCGUCGUCGUUGUGUUUGGAAGGUUCUUUGGACCCCAAUUUGGUGAAAGGCAAGAUCGUGUUGUGCGACAGGGGGAUCAAUUCGAGAGCUGCCAAAGGUGAUGUGGUGAAAAAAGCCGGGGGUUUUGGUAUGAUCUUAGCCAAUGGGGUUUUCGAUGGGGAAGGAUUGGUGGCCGAUUGCCACGUGCUGCCGGCCACUGCCGUCGGCGCAUCAGGGGGUGACGAGAUGAGAAAGUACAUCACGGAGGCCUCGAAGUCGCCGGCGGUGGCAACCAUUGUCUUCAAGGGGACAAGGCUGGGAGUGAGGCCUGCCCCAGUGGUGGCAUCGUUUUCGGCUCGGGGGCCUAAUCCGGAGACCCCAGAGAUACUGAAGCCCGAUGUGAUCGCGCCGGGAUUGAACAUUCUUGCUGCUUGGCCUGACAGAGUUGGGCCCUCGGGCAUUCCUUCCGAUAAGCGCAGAACAGAGUUCAAUAUACUCUCCGGCACUUCAAUGGCUUGCCCCCAUGUCUCCGGCUUGGCUGCAUUGCUGAAAGCAGCACACCCGGAAUGGAGUGCGGCGGCAAUAAGGUCGGCGCUCAUGACUACUGCUUAUACUGUGGAUAAUCGUGGUGGUGGAACCAUGUUGGAUGAGUCCACCGGGAAUGUUUCCACCUAUAUGGAUUUUGGGGCUGGCCAUGUUCAUCCGGAGAAGGCCAUGGAUCCUGGUCUGGUUUACGAUAUUAGUUCGUAUGAUUACAUGGAUUUCCUUUGCAAUUCCAAUUACACUAUCAAGAACAUCCAAAUGAUUACUAGGAAGAUUGCGGAUUGCAGCCGGGCGAAAAGGGCUGGCCAUGUUGGGAAUUUGAAUUACCCUUCAUUGUCUGCAGUGUUUCAACAAUAUGGGAAGCAUAAGCUGUCUACGCAUUUUAUUCGGACUGUGACCAAUGUUGGGGACCCCAAUUCGGCAUACCAUGUUACGGUUAGGCCGCCCGGUGGAACCACGGUGACGGUGCAGCCGGAAAAGCUCUUGUUCAGGAGGGUGGGUCAGAAAUUGAGCUUCCUUGUUAGGGUGCAAGCCAGGGCAAUUAAGCUCUCCCCUGGGAGCUCUCACAUGAUGACUGGUUCUAUAGUAUGGUCUGAUGGGAAGCACAGUGUCACCAGUCCCUUAUUGGUGACAAUGCAGCAACCUCUCUAGGGCAGUGUUUGGGGUUUUGGGUUUAAGAAUUUUGCUCUCCUUAUUAUAGAAUUAUUACUAUUAAGCUUUUUCUAUUAUGUAUCAAGAGAAUGCAAGUCUUUUUUUUUUUUUUUCAAGGUUUUCAAUUUCAGAAAACUGGUAGAGGGUUGGUUUGUAAUGCACAGUAGAGGUGUAUCUUUGUUGUUGUAAGAUUAAGAAUCAAGAAUGAAUGUAAAAAUGCGGUGUGCUUAGAAGAGGCCAUUGAUAAUGGAAACAUCCCUUUUUCCUUUCA